GCAAGAAGAAACUCGGGGCCGACCAUCCAGACACGCUGACGAGCAUGAACAAUCUCGCAUUCACAUUGAAAGGACAAGGCCGUGAUGAAGAGGCAAUUAGACUCCUAGAAGAAUGUGUCUCGUCACGCACGUGUGUGCUAGGACAUUUUCAUCAUCUCACAGCUAAUUCAACCGAGGCACUAGCUGGAUGGAGAGCAGAACAAUCGGGCAUUGAUAGGGGGAUUUCAUAGUAGUAAUAGAUCAGCCAUUGUAGGAAGAUUGAUAUCAAUACAUGAAACGAAAGUGAAGCUGGAUGUGGCUUGAGUGUACACCCCGUGAAUCGCUUAUACGGGCCUUACUUGAAGGGCACCGCAAGGCUUGGAG